GGCUAUAGCAAAGCUUCCUUUAACCCAAGCUUUUUUUAGAGAAUUAGGUUAAUGGUUGGAAGUUGUUUUCUUAUUAAGACCUUAUAUAGGCCACGAUACAUUGUGUAAAAAGUAAAUAUCAAAACCUAAUGUGAAAAAACUCUCAAAAUCGUAAAAAGACCAAAACACCAAAUUAGAAAGUCAAUUCUCACAUGUGACUAUCCAUCCUCUUCAAUGAUACCAUAUACCAACAUGUAUCAAAAAGAUGAAGAACAUGGAGAGAGGGAAUCAUGUUCAUUUGCUAAGACCAGCUUGAUUAUUAUAUCGCUAGAUCAUAUGUCGAUCCAUCUACUUGCCAUGUUAAUCUAAAAUAAGUCAACUAAACCAGCCCCCCUAGUGAACAUUGUAGUACUAGGUCAAGCCAAACCAGUCACUUAGGUUAGAUCAGGCAACAUUAUAGAUAGGUAUCAACUAUAAUUAGCUACUUGUCUAAUUGGUGACAAACUCACCGCACCAUCAUUUUAUUAUAAAUAGAGGUUUGAUAUUACGCUAAUUACAACAAAUACAUUGAUAUCUAAGUAAGUAAUACUCAUGGCUAAGUUUUCUACCACCAUUACCCUUAUCUUGGCUGCUCUUGUUCUCUUUGCUGAUUUAGAAGCACCGGUAAUUGUGAAAGCAGAGCUUUGCAAAAGGGAAAGUGAGACAUGGUCAGGACGUUGUGUAAACGAUUAUCAGUGUAGAGAUCAUUGCAUUAACAAUGAUAGAGGAAAUGAUGGAUAUUGCGCUGGUGGCUACCCAUGGUACAGAGGAUGUUUCUGUUUCUUCUCUUGCUAAUAUACCAAAAGCUCUUUGUUGCUCGUGUGUUUGUUUUACAUAAAAUAAGUCUGUUCCACUCCAUGGAGUCACCUUAAUUAUGACAUGCAUGUAUGUUUCAGCACUCGAAUAAAGCUUAGUUACUUAAA